UGUGUGUCCAGAGUGUUGGAGACCUCAAAGUCCAGUCCUGCAGCCACCAUCAAGUCAAUAUAUCAUGUGUCCCGUACGCCUUCUCGAUGUUGGUCCCUACAAGUGGUGACAUUCACGGCUGAAGAUGCUCAGAUAGCUCAUAGCUGGGUACAGGCCAUUCAGAAGAAAAUAACCCAGACAGGACAUACAAGGCCAAAAAAGCUACUUGUCUUUAUUAAUCCCUAUGGAGGUCGUGGUAAAGCUUCAAAGAUCUACUACACCAAAGUAUCUCCCCUGUUCCAGCUGGUGGGAAUUGAGAGUCAUGUCAUUGAGACAACCCGAGUAAAUUAUGCCAGAGAUUACCUCAUGGAAGCCGACCUACAGAGAUAUGAUGGGAUAGUAUGUGUUGGAGGGGAUGGCAUGUUCAGUGAAUUGCUCCAUGGUCUUUUGAAGCGUACACAGAGUGACAGCGGGAUCACUGAAGACAAAGAGGAUGCCAAACUGAUACCAUGCAGUCUGCGAAUUGGCAUCAUACCAGCCGGGUCUACAAAUUGUGUGUGUUAUGCCACAGUGGGAGUCAAUGACCCUGUGACGUCUGCUCUGCACAUUAUUGUGGGAGACACGCAGCCUCUGGAUGUCUGCUCUUUGCACCAUAAUGGGAAGUUUGUAAGAUACUCCUCGUCAUUAAUCGGCUAUGGUUUCUUUGGGGAUGUCUUGAAGGAAAGUGAGAAACUUCGCAAGUGGGGACCCAAGCGGUAUACAUAUGCAGGCAUAAAGAUGGUGCUCAGUAACCGCUCCUACAGAGGGACAAUAGAAUAUCAGGAGGCCCGAGACAGCAGCUCCAGCCCAAGAGACAACACUCGCUGCCGGACAGGGUGCCGUGUAUGCUUGGAAUCUUCAGAAAGACAACAAAGUGGAUCACAAGAAAGCCUUUCAGAGUCCUGGACAAAAUUUACCGGAUCCUUCAUGGCUCUCAAUAUCACUGUAAUGUCCUGUGCGUGUCCCAACACCAAAGAGGGCCUAUCACCAUCCGCACACCUGGCCGAUGGCACCGCCGACCUUAUCCUUGUGCGGCAGUGCCGAGCACGCCACGUCCUGAGAUAUCUUAUAAGAAACACAAAUCAUAAGGACCAGUUUGCUCUACCCCAUGUGGAGGUGCAUCGGAUCCGCGCCUUGCGUUUUACUGCAGAAGAACCGGACAGUGACAUCAUCCAGGAGACCAGCUGGCGCUGCAAUUUAUUCGGGAAAAAACCAACCAUCAGCUCGUGGAAUUGUGACGGGGAGAUGUUGUGUUGCACACAGCUGGAUGUUCGGGUACAUCAUCGGCUCAUCCAUUUAUUCGCACGGGGAAUCGAAGACACAUAACAAGCAGAGAUCUAUCGCUAUAUUAUCAAACCUAUAAAGGCAACACCCUGUGGGCUCUAGGUUACGUACGGACAUAAUAGCUGUAUCAUACUGCAUAAUUGGACGUUUCCCCUCUCUUCUGACAUCCACCUUAUGGCAGAGAACCUGGUAGAAAACAUUUCUACGAUUGGAUCACUUCCAGUAUCCCCAGUAUCAGUAAAGCAAUAACCAUUUAACAAGGUAAUGGGCUUUUUGUAAGACAUAACUUGCUGUCCUCAAGGAUACUGGGAACAGACUGGAUGGGGGAGGGAAAAUUACAAUCCAAGCAGAUGUUUGCAAUGUAAAAUUGAUUAAAAAAAGCUUUGGAAGUGAUGUUCUGCUCCGGCUGAUGAGGGUUAUGGGUUUAUAUAACAAGACAAGUCAUAUGGUGAGGAAACACGAGCAGCAGAGAGCAAUAAAAGAGAAAGCGCACCAGAAUAUUUGUGGUGUCCCAGAGCGGGGGUCAACUUUUGCUACUAUGAACACUGUUUGGGCGGCUGUUGCCUCAAAGGUCCCCAGCUCAAUCUCAGGUUUAUUUCCGUUAAUGUAUUGGGAUGCAAAGUGGAGGCUUUAGCGACAAGAGGAAAGCUGAUGGGCCCUCUAGCAAAGUAAGGAUUAGGUUCAGGUAUCCUCCGGGCCAGCCUGGGCAAAGUGGCGGCCUAACGCCUGGAAUCUCCCUUCUAGAUGUCCUCAGGUCAGUGACGUCUUAGAGUAAGUCAAGGAAACGUAUGGUAGGGAGACUUUGGAAAGUUUA